UGGCGCGCAAGGUUUGAAGUUGGUCUUUGUGUUACUAUAAUGGGGCUUGCUCGAGCUAAAGAUGGUAAUCCAUCAACCCGAUUCUAUGAAAAUCCGGAAAUUAUUGCUACUUUCGACCCAGUUAGAAUCUGGUUGACAAGAAACCACAAAAAGUAUACGCAAACUGAGCCUCCCACAAAUAAGAGUCUUGCCACUCUAUGUUUUCAGUUGCUGCAGUUUCAAGAAGCCAAUUUCACAAGUACCUCCAGGACUUUCAUGAAAAUACCUUUUAAAUGCUUCAUGGAUUUCAAACCAGGAGGUGGUUUAUGCCACAUUUUCCUAACGUGUCUAAAGUUCCGUCACGAAAAUAAUUGGAAAAAAAUUGACUUAUCCUCAUCAUCCAGGACCGAAAAACAUCUGGAAAUGUUCUCAGUAAUCGAACGCGAAUUAGUAGCCUACAAAUGCAUGCAGAAACCUGUUGUUUACAUAUCCCCCUUGGUUGAAAAGACCUUAAAUUCUAAACUAAGAGAAUCUGCAAAACGAUUAAAUAUCUCUGUUGUUGAAUCACCUUCCGAAGCUACACAUAUUUUGCAUCCACCUCCAUUGAAUUGGCCUGGUGAUAGUAGAGAUGAUUUUAUGAUUCAACGUUUCCGUGUCUUAUUCCAUGAAGGUCGAGGAGUACUUCUGCAUUGGUUAUACUCACCCGGUUCAUAUACUACAUGGUAUACAGGUUUACAAUCUGAAUGGUCUACUGACAUUGUUGAAACAUCAUAUCUUGAAAAUGACAAUCCAUGGGAGGUAGAUGCUCGUUGGCUUUUAUAUUCCGAUGAAAUGUAUGAAUGGAUGAUUGAAGAGGAUUUUUUAACAUCAACCUCAUCUGUCAAGCCUAGAAUAACUUAUACACCUGAAGAAUUCAUGACUAUGACAACAAAUAUUACAACCAAUUCUUCAUCGUCUUCAUCUUCAUCUACUUCUGUGACACAUUAUACAAAUGCAUCCUAUCCAUCCAACACUGGUGUUAGUCAUAUUGAUAGUGCCGGCGGCGGUGGUAGUGCCGGUGGUAGUGGUGGUGGAAGUAAGAAAAAACGUCGUCGAUCACCUUCACCAUCAACCACAACAUCAUUAGAUUCAAAUAUGGCCAAUGUUAACAACAGUGGUAGUGGUACUAGUAGUAGUAGUAAGAAAAGACGACCUGGUUCAUCCACAUUUACCAGUUCACAUGAACGAUCGAAUCGUGCAUCCAAUAAUCAUCAUCAUCAUCAUCAUCAUGGUACAUCGCGUAGAAUUCGAAAAGAAG